ACCCCUGGCGGAGCCGCACCUCGGACAGCAGCAGCGGCGGCAGCGAGGGUCCUGCGUGGAGAGUGGAGCGCGACGCGGACUCGCGGGCGGGAGGCUGCGCGUGGGGUCGCAGCACGCGAGGACUCGGCACAAGAGCGACUCGGGGCACGAGUGAGAGAAGGCAGUGGCGACGGGGUCGCGGGUGACAGUGCUGAGACUUCUCAUCCCUGAGCUUUGAAGAGAAGGCACUGUAGAUCGAAGAAUAAAAUGUGAAGGCGCUUUGACCGGUCUACAUUCUCCGGAAACCCGGACCCGGUGCGGGAGACUCGGAUUGCGAGCGAAAAGAGAUUGCUGCCACAAUGACCCUGAGCAACACUGUGGGUUCCGUGCCACACAGCAAGAGGGACUGAAGGUUCAUAAGAACAAAAUAGCAGUCAAUGAGAGAAACAAAAGGACUGGGCCAUCAAAGAGCAGCGUGCUUGCCCCGCUGGCCACCAUGCGGAAAGGAGUACUGAAGGACCCAGAGAUUGCUGACCUCUUCUACAAAGAUGACCCUGAAGAGCUUUUUAUCGAUUUGCAUGAAAUCGGACAUGGGAGCUUCGGAGCUGUGUACUUUGCAACAAAUGCUCACACCAACGAGGUGGUUGCCGUUAAGAAAAUGUCCUACAGUGGGAAGCAGACCCAUGAGAAAUGGCAAGAUAUUCUUAAGGAAGUUAAAUUUUUACAGAAGUUGAAGCAUCCGAACACCAUCGAGUACAAAGGUUGCUAUUUAAAGGAACAUACUGCUUGGUUGGUGAUGGAGUACUGCUUAGGUUCAGCCUCUGACCUGUUAGAAGUUCAUAAGAAACCACUUCAGGAAGUGGAGAUUGCUGCUAUCACCCAUGGUGCCUUGCAGGGGCUGGCCUACCUCCACUUUCACUCCCUGAUCCAUAGGGACGUUAAGGCUGGAAAUAUCCUCCUCACAGAACCAGGGCAGGUGAAACUGGCUGACUUUGGAUCUGCCUCCAUGAGUUCUCCUGCCAAUUCCUUCGUGGGGACGCCAUACUGGAUGGCCCCAGAGGUGAUCUUGGCCAUGGAUGAAGGACAGUACGAUGGGAAAGUUGACAUCUGGUCGCUCGGCAUCACCUGUAUAGAACUGGCCGAGCGGAAGCCCCCCCUCUUCAACAUGAAUGCCAUGAGCGCCCUCUACCACAUCGCCCAAAAUGACUCCCCCACGCUACAGUCCAGAGAAUGGACCGACUCCUUCAGGAGAUUCGUUGAUUACUGCUUGCAAAAAAUACCUCAGGAGAGACCAGCUGCAGUGGAACUGUUACGGCACGACUUCAUUCGGAGGGAGCGGCCACCACGGGUCCUCAUUGACCUCAUACAGAGGACAAAAGAUGCUGUCCGAGAGUUGGACAACCUGCAAUACAGAAAAAUGAAGAAGAUUCUCUUCCAGGAGACUCGAAAUGGACCCUUGAAUGAGUCACAAGAGGAAGAAGAGGACAGUGAACACGGAAGCAACCUGAACAGGGAGGUGGACAGCUUGGGCAGCAUCCACUCUAUCCCCAGCGUGUCAGUGAGCACAGGCAGCCGGAGCAGCAGUGUGAACAGCAUGCAGGAGGUCAUGGACGAGAGCAGCUCUGAGCUCGUCAUGAUGCAGGAAGAUGACAGCACUGUCAACUCCGGCUCCUCCAUGGUACACAAGAAGGAUCAUGUAUUCGUAAGGGAUGAGGCGGGCCACGGCGAUCCCAGGCCUGAGCCGCGGCCUACCCAGUCAGUUCAGAGCCGGGCCCUCCACUAUCGGAACCGAGAGCGCUUUGCCACGAUCAAAUCCGCGUCUUUGGUAAGCCGAUACUGCUCUCCCCUCCUCCCUGUCUGGCAGCCUCUGGCCCUCCCUGAGCCUCCCUCAGCUUCAUGGAUGGGAGGAAAAGCAGCCAGAGAUGUUGUCUCCCUCCAAAUAAUUUUAUUCAUUUUAGGGGGGAAAAAAUCUGUUGGCAUAGCAACCAAUUUCCUGAGAGCCAUAAAGCAAGGAGGCCUUUGUAGCGGGGGCUGGCAGCAGCUGUGGGAGCUGAGGGGCUGUCGGAUUCCUCAGCUUUUCUACUACCGCGAAUGUGAUUGCCGGGCGAAGGUAGCCGCAGCGGAUGAGAAGAAGUUCCAGCAGCAGAUCCUGGCCCAGCAGAAGAAGGACUUGACAACUUUCUUAGAGAGUCAAAAGAAGCAGUACAAGAUUUGUAAGGAAAAAAUUAAGGAGGAAAUGAACGAGGACCAUAGCACACCCAAGAAGGAGAAGCAGGAACGGAUAUCGAAGCAUAAAGAAAACCUGCAGCAUACGCAGGCUGAGGAGGAAGCCCACCUGCUCACCCAACAGAGACUGUACUACGACAGAAACUGCCGCUUCUUCAAGCGGAAGAUAAUGAUCAAGCGCCAUGAGGUGGAACAGCAGAACAUUCGGGAGGAACUAAAUAAGAAGCGGACGCAGAAGGAAAUGGAGCACGCCAUGCUGAUCCGGCACGACGAGUCCACCCGAGAGCUGGAGUACAGACAGCUGCACACGCUGCAGAAGCUCCGCAUGGAUCUGAUCCGGCUACAGCACCAGACGGAGCUGGAGAACCAGCUGGAGUACAAUAAGAGGCGGGAGCGGGAGCUGCACCGGAAGCAUGUCAUGGAGCUUCGGCAACAGCCGAAAAACUUAAAGGCCAUGGAAAUGCAGAUUAAGAAGCAGUUUCAGGACACUUGCAAGGUACAGACCAAGCAGUACAAAGCACUCAAGAACCACCAGUUGGAAGUCACUCCAAAGAAUGAGCACAAAACAAUCCUAAAGACACUGAAAGACGAGCAGACGAGAAAACUGGCCAUUCUGGCAGAGCAGUAUGAACAGAGCAUUAAUGAGAUGAUGGCCUCGCAGGCGUUACGGCUAGAUGAGGCGCAAGAGGCAGAGUGCCAGGCCCUGAGACUACAGCUCCAGCAGGAGAUGGAGCUGCUCAAUGCCUACCAGAGCAAAAUCAAGAUGCAGACGGAGGCCCAGCACGAGCGGGAGCUGCAGAAGCUAGAGCAGAGGGUGUCUCUGCGCAGAGCGCAUCUUGAGCAGAAGAUUGAAGAGGAGCUGGCCGCCCUGCAGAAGGAACGCAGUGAGAGGAUCAAGAUUCUCCUGGAAAGACAAGAGCGAGAGACGGAGACUUUUGACAUGGAGAGCCUCAGAAUGGGAUUUGGGAAUUUGGUGACAUUAGAUUUUCCUAAGGAGGACUAUAGAUGAGAUUAAAUUUUUUUGCCAUUUACAAAAAAAAAAUGAAAAAAACAAAACAAAAAAAUUCAGACCUUACAAAACUACAUUCCCCAUUUUAACGGGCGUUGCUCUCACUUCACACUCUCUCUCUUUCUCUCUCCCUCUCUCUCUUUCUCUCUCUCUUCCUGACAUCGUGUCGGACUAGUGCCUGUUUACUCUUACUCCAUCAGGGGCCCUUUCCUCCCCCAUAUCAACUGUCAGUGCUGGCCGGCCCGGCCGCCCCUACUGUCCACCCCCACACCCAGUGCCGGUGUGGCCCACAAAGGUUCUGGUGAAAACCUUGCAAGUGGCUUUAGGGUCAAUCAACAAACGGCGAUGGAACACAGAUGUAUAUUGCUCUAAGCAAUCCCUCAUUGUCACCAACCAGUGAAAGUAAAGCAAAAAAAAAAGAAAAACUAAAGAAAGAAAACUAAAUAAAUACUACAUGCCAAGGGGGAGAGAGACACAAAAUCCGCAGCCUUACACCUUAACCAGCUGCUGCAUAAUUUUAUUUUAUUUUAUUUUUUUGGUAUUUAUUCAUCAGGAAUUAAAAAAAAAACAAAGUUUUAUUAAAGAUUGAAAAUUUGAUACAUUUUACAGGAACUAAUUGUGAUGUACAUAUGAAGUGGUAACAUAUUAUUACUAUUUUGGGGCCGGGGUGGGUGGGCGGGGUGAAGAGAGCUUGUGAUUUUUAAGAACCUGCCGGCGAGCGUUUGCCUUGCCGUCAGCCUGGUCUACUGUAUCCCGGCAUCCUCUGCUGUUGCAGAUGGUGCGAAUACACGUACGGAACUCACAGAAUCCCAGUAGCACAAAAUUGGGCUUUGGCAAAUCAUGUAUUUUGUGUAUAGAGGGAAUCUAAGGAGAGGAAUUGCUUAUUUUCAUAUUGUAUUUUAACUGUUUCUCUGAUCAAAAUUUUUUUACUUCCUCCUCCUGUUCCUCCCCCAACCCACGCCCACCUCCCCGCGGUUUCCAGUUCAGUCUCUGGAGUUCAAUGUCUUUUCAGUCGGAUCAUCUCCGUUUAUUUCUCCUUCCCCUUCCCGCGCCCCCUAUCUUUGGUCAUAAAUAUUGCAUUAUCCAUCCUUUCAAACUGUGUAUUUUCUUACAAUAAAAAAUGAUGAAGAAAAAAAGGCUUUACUCCUUUUGCAUGCACCUUAAAAAAAAAAAAAAACCACUUAAACAUUUUUCAGGU